CACUUCGCUAAAGUUGCAACAAGAGGCUCAGUUGGUUUCUGUCCGCCGCGGAGGGAAGUUUCAACUUUUCGGCGGCUGCUGCAGCUGCUGCAAUUUGCUGCUUCUAGAGUCCGUUUCGGGACGCGGCGGGCUGGUUAUGCCCUCUUGCUCCGUGGGGAGGAUCCAGCUGCUUUGAAGUUCGUCCCAACGACGCCUUGAUCUCAAGAACAAACCAACUGGACUGGUGUCUACAAGCAUGGAGAUGCCUCUGGUGUUAUCAAGGUUUUCCUUCCAGUUCCAGAGUCUUCCAGAACUGAUGCUCUUCCCCCUGGUGGUGAUGUUGCUACAGACCGGGAGUAGUCAUGGCAGCCUCCCUUUCUACAAUGGCUUCUACUAUGACAGACCCAUUAAUGAUAAAGGUCUCAACGGUGUCCGACUGAUGGUUGAGACCUCCGACGAUGCCAUCUCUACCCAGCGUGGUGCCAAUGUUACACUGCCCUGCCAUUAUCACUACGCACCUAAACUGGAUGCCCCUCGCAGAAUCCGCAUCAAAUGGUCCAAGCUGCGGGAAGACAACUCUAAAGAUCGAGACGUGUUGGUGGCAUCUGGGCAAAAUCACCGCAGCUUUGGCGAGUUCCGGGGACGGACUCAUCUCCAGCAAGAGUCUGCUGAUGAAGCCUCUCUGGUGAUCAAUGACCUGCGCUUGAAUGAUGCUGGGAAGUACCGCUGUGAAGUCAUUGAUGGUUUGGAAGAUGAAAGUGGGACCGUCGAUCUAGAACUGCAAGGAGUGGUCUUUCCUUACCAGCCUCCCCAUGGACGCUAUAAGCUUAACUUCCACGAAGCCAAGAAGAUCUGUGAAGAUCAGGAUGCAGUAAUAGCCUCCUUCGACCAGCUUUUUGAGGCCUGGUUAGAUGGCUUAGACUGGUGUAAUGCUGGCUGGCUGAUUGAUGGCACAGCUCAGUAUCCUAUCACAGUACCCCGGGAAAACUGUGGUGGGCAUCAUCUACAACCUGGUAUCAGAAGUUAUGGAGAACGUCACAAGAACCUCCAUCGCUUUGAUGUCUUUUGCUUCUCUUCGGCUCUGAAAGGGACGGUCUACUAUCUUGAGCACAAUAAGAAGUUCACCUUAGAAGAAGCCAAGCAAGCAUGCCAAGAUGACCAAGCUGAAAUUGCCAAGGUGGGCCAGCUCUACUCAGCAUGGAAGUUCUUGGAGUUGGACCGCUGCGAUUCUGGCUGGUUGGCGGAUGGCAGUGUGCGCUACCCCAUCACUUCUCCCCGACCCAACUGCGGCCCACCAGAACCAGGAGUCCGAAGUUUUGGCUUUCCCCAAACUGGGAACUUUGGAGUCUACUGUUACAAGAUGAGCUAAGGAAAACGGCUUCCUUCAUUGGUGGACGGUGUCCUUUUUAUCACCACCUAGAGUUUAUUAUUUAAAGGGCCAGUCUCUUGGGGGGAGAGGGGAAGGGGGUCUGUUUUAACUGUAUGUUUUCAAGUUUCUGUUUUCUUUAAAAAAAAAACACUUUUGUAAUGAAACAGAAAAUGCUGUACAAGCUGUGAUGUGGAAAUUGAGUUGCCUUAGCGCUGAUUGGAAGAGCUUCCAGGCUUCGUUGCCCAUUUAAUCAUGCGGUCAGAAAACCUGAGCUUAGAGAUGGGGCCCGUGCAUGUGAGAAGAUGCUCAUCUGAUUAUGAUGGGUUUUGUUUUGUUUUUUUUUGCAAUUUUAUGAUGUCUUUUGCUCCUGCCAACAUCUGUCAGUGAGAUUAGGGAAGCCAUCUGAAGUACCGGUUAGGCAGCUGUUGUAAUAACUCUCUCGAGAAAGGAAUACCUGCUCCAGCGUGACAUCCCCAACUCUUAGUAGCAUGUGAUCUCCGUCUUAAGUGGUCCAAUAUUUACAACUUUCAAAUCGAAGUGGCUAUUUUAAUGGCUCAGGAUGCUGUAUGAUAAGGGAUCAACAAGAAUCUCAGGGCAAAAAUGGAUGCAGAAGGGGCCAUUUCUCCGUAUCUUUUCUCCUGUUCUUCAGGCUGACGAUAUGAACUGGCAGGGGGGAUGCAAUUCAUUCUGAUCAAUGAUGAAUUGGACCUAGAUCCAUAUUGAGCAGUGCCAUCUCCUCUCUCUUUUUUUAUAAAGCGACGAGAAAGUGGAAUGGCUGGGGUAACAUAAUAGGCUCUGCUGUCUUGUAUUUGGUUUGGUUUGGGCAUAGAUUGUUGUGCAAACCCAACCAUUUAGUAAACCGUAGUUGAAGUAUGGCUUGGAGUAAUGUAUGAAUCUAGGUUUCCAUCUUUGUAAAACCCUACAUAAACAAAAAUAAAAAUAAAAAAAUAAUGACUCAGUGGCUAAGGCGCUGAGCUUGUCGAUCGAAAGGUCAGCAGUUCAGUGGUUUGAAUCCCUAGUGCUGCGUAAUGGGGUGAGCUCCCAUUACUUGUCCCAGCUUCUGCCAACCUAGCAGUUCGAAAGCAGGUAAAAAAUGCAAGUAGAAAAAUAGGGACCACUUUUGGUGGGAAAGUAACAGCAUUCCAUGCGCCUUUGGCAUUGAGUCAUGCCAGCCACAUGACCAUGGAGACGUCUUUGGACAGCGCUGGCUCUUCGGCUUUGAAACGGAGAUGAGCACCGCUCCCUAGAGUCGAGAACGUCUAGCACAUUACCUUUACAUAAAAAAACCUCCUCUAAUUUAGAGGUAGACCAGUUUGAGAAGAAAACAAAGAAUCAUUUACAAUCUGAUGUUUAUCUUGCUAUAAGGGUUGACAAAUCUGGACCUGGAUUAACGCAUCUCACUAAGCCAUAUUGUUUUGUCAGUUUUUGCAUGAAGAACAAGCACAACUCUGUUGGGACAUUCAACCAAACCGUUAUUUUGGAGACCAAUUGCUUCCGUACCUUUUGUAUUGUCAAAUGUGACUUGAACACUGUCUUGUGGGGGUCUAAAGAUGGGGUCUCUGAGAUGUCUGCUAAUAAAACUUGGAAGAAACCACACAAAGAAAUAA